AUGUCGGCCUCCGCUUGAGACCCGAUUCUGACAAAGCCAGAGGCCGCGGACCGGCGGAGGCGUGCGAGGACCACCGAAGAGGCCGGGCGUCCACCAGAGAUGGCCGUGUCGGAGCCUGGGGGUAGCGCGGCGGAUUGUAGCAGUGAAAUGGAAAAUCGGAUUCGGAAUACAUCCGGAGAUGAGCCAAUAGGACUUAACGAUGGAUUGAUACGGAACAUGGAGGAAGAGAAGAAUCAAGAUUUACAUUUAGACUUUUGGCCCGUGGAUCUGGAUAGUGACUCUCGUCUCGAUUCAGGUUCUUACGCAGUACUUGGAGGUUCUUCAAGGAAGGACUGUUCUAUUCCCUUUGAAGAAGUCCCGCAAGAUGAUGACCAGCUAGAGAAUCAUCAGGAAUCUCAAAACCAACUCCUUAGGGAAGUUGCAGUCAAGAAAAGAACUCUGACUAAGAAGAAAGGCCAUGAAUGUGGUUCAUUGGAGGGUGCAAAUCUGAGUACAACACAAGUUUCUUCCCCAAAAAAGCGUCUCAAAUUUAAUUCACAGAGAAAGAGUUUAAAACAGAAUUUAGACUUACCUGGUCAUAUAAGAAACUAUGCAAAAAAGAAACCUGAUGUAGCUGAAGAAGAACACAGGAAAUCAUUCAGCCAUAGCUUAUCUGAUACAGAGACUCAAAACCAAAUUCAAACUGGAAAGAAACAGAAAUUAUCCAAUCUUAGCUCAUCUAAUAAGCGUGACAAAUCUCAAACUGGCAAGAAACAUGAGAAACUAGUUUGUCAUGAGCCAUCCCAUACUAAAUGGGACAAAAUUAAAACUGGAGGAAAACAUGAGAAAUCAUUCUGCCAUAGCUCAUCUACUAAGUGUGGCACAAAUCAAGCUAAAGUGAAACCGUAUGAAUGUAAUCAAUGUGGAAAGGUUCUUAGCCAUAAACAAGGACUCAUUGACCAUCAGAGAAUUCAUACUGGUGAGAAACCAUAUGAAUGUAAUGAAUGUGGGAUAGCCUUUAGUCAAAAGUCACACCUCGUUGUACACCAGAGAACUCACACUGGAGAAAAACCAUAUGAAUGUAUUCAGUGUGGCAAAGCCCAUGGUCAUAAACAUGCCCUUACUGACCAUCUAAGAGUUCAUACUGGAGAAAAGCCCUAUGAAUGUGCUGAAUGUGGGAAAACCUUCAGACACAGCUCAAAUCUUAUUCAACAUGUAAGAUCUCAUACAGGAGAGAAGCCUUAUGAAUGUAAGGAAUGUGGUAAAUCUUUUAGGUAUAAUUCGUCUCUUACAGAACACGUGAGAACACAUACAGGUGAAAUACCAUAUGAAUGUAAUGAAUGUGGAAGAGCCUUUAAGUAUAGCUCAUCCCUUACUAAACACAUGAGAAUUCAUACAGGUGAGAAACCCUUUGAAUGCAACGAAUGUGAGAAAGCUUUCAGCAAGAAAUCACACCUCAUUAUACAUCAAAGAACUCAUACUAAGGAGAAACCCUAUAAAUGUAAUGAAUGUGGAAAAGCUUUUGGACAUAGCUCAUCUCUUACUUACCACAUGAAAACCCAUACAGGUGAAAGUCCCUUUGAAUGUAAUCAGUGUGGGAAGGCCUUCAAACAAAUCGAAGGCCUUACUCAACAUCAGAGAGUUCAUACUGGGGAGAAACCUUAUGAAUGUAAUGAAUGUGGGAAAGCCUUUAGCCAAAAGUCACACCUCAUUGUACAUCAGAGAACUCAUACUGGGGAGAAACCUUAUGAAUGUAAUGAGUGUGGAAAAGCCUUCAAUGCAAAGUCACAACUUGUCAUACACCAGAGAUCCCACACUGGAGAGAAACCCUAUGAAUGUAAUGAAUGUGGGAAAGCCUUCAAACAGAAUGCAUCCCUUACUAAACAUGUGAAAACUCAUUCAGGAGAUAAAUCUCAUGAGUGAAAUAAAUGUGGGAAAUGUUAACUGAACUGAAGGUUUUAUUUAACCUUAAAAGUGUUCUGAAUUUAAAGG